GGGCAAGUAGGUAUACGAAUUUAAGUGACAGUCACUGUACAUCCCUAACCUGUGAUCUUUUAUUAUAUAUUUUAAGACCAAUAACGAUAAUCCUACUUAUAUAUGAAGUUUAGAUUAAAAAAGAUAAAGAUAUUUUAUAAAUUGAGUGGAAAACAUAUGUAACCAGAGAAAAUACAAUAGCAUCGUGGAGGAUUAUUUUUUAAACGAUCCAAACAUAACCCAACAUUUUGGGAAAAAUAUGAAAUUUGUUGAUACAAGAAUCUCAUAGAUAACGCGUUAACAAAGUAUAGUUUACUUUAGUGGAUUAUUAAAAUAAUGUACUGUUUACGCUUUCAUAAAUAAAAAUUAUAUACAACACAAAAAAACGACGCGAGAAAAAAUGUGCGACAAGUACGUCAUUGGUUACUCGAUAUCUGAAAAAAAGCGACAGAAAUUUAAUUGGAAUGAUUUUUGUAGUGUUUGUGAAUCCGAAGGGUUUCUAUUAAAAAUGAUUGAUAUAAAUUCUGAUCUUGAACCUCAGGGACCAUUUCAUGUUUUUAUAUACAAAAUGGCAGAUAAGCUAGCACUUGCUGAAUAUGGUGAUCAAAAUGCCAAAGCAAUUAUUUCAAAAAUGAAAGAAUACUUCUGUCGACAUCCAGAAAUAAUAGUUAUUGAUCCCUUGGACAAUAUUAGGAUUUUAAUAAAUCGUUAUAAAUCAUAUGAAAUCUUACAAAAACAGUUAAAACUCAAAGAUGUAUUUACUCCAAGGUUUGUAGAAAUUACAAGUAACAAUAAUCUUAAGAAUAGAACACUGUUAAGAAUGACAGGUAUUAAGUUCCCAUUUCUUUGUAAACCACUUGUCGCACAGGGUUCCAAUGAUGCACAUAAGAUGAUGGUGAUCUUCAAUGAACAGGGUUUAAAAGAUUGUCCACGUCCCUGUGUGGCUCAAGAAUUUAUCAACCAUAAUGCAGUUUUACACAAAAUAUACAUAGUUGGAGAAAACUUUCAUGUAUUUGAAAGACCUAGUUUCAAGAACUUUUAUGAAAAAGACUGUACUGCAUUAAACACAAUAUUUUUUAGUUCUCACGAUAUAUGUAAGAGCGGUACCAAGUCUAAAUGGUCAAUUUUAACAGAGGAAAACAUUCCAUUAACAGUAAAACCUAAACGUGAAAUAUUAGAAAAGAUAGUUAAAAGAGUUACAGAACUUUUUGGACUACUCUUGGUUGGUGUAGAUGUUGUUAUUGAAAAUCAUACUGGGAAAUAUGCAAUCAUAGAUGUAAAUAUGUUUCCGGGAUAUGACAGUUAUCCCAAUUUUUUUGAACAAUUAAUAAGCUGCAUUAAGAAGUUAUCAAUUAAACAUAAGGAUUUGUAG